GCACCUGCAAAACCAAACCGUAUUUUGUCAUACUAUACAUGACAACAGUUCUGCACCUUUUCCCAAUACGUUAAGUCAAUUACAUGGACAAAAUGACAGCAUAAUGUUGGUGUCAUUUUGAUAUAUGUUGAUUUAAUGUACCUAAAAUUCUAACCUACUAAAAAUCUAAAAUAUGCCAGUAGUUAAGUAUAUAAUGCGACACGUGGAUCAUAAAGAUAGAAAAGUGAUUUUUUGCACAUCUUUAUGAAAUACAUGACUUCAUCUCUCCGAUUAUGCGGAAGAAUCUUAGUGUAGGUUAUUGAAAAUAAGGUGGGACCAGUUAUAGUCAAAUUGUAAAAGCCGUGUGCGGGCAUAUGGUAAAACCCGUGUGCGGGCAUAUGUAAUUUUCAAGUUAUUGGGUAUCUGAAGACUCGAUAAAGCCUUUACAUUAGUUAUGCCUCUUUGAACUAAUCCCUCUAACGCUGCCAGCCGCUCUCUCUCUCUCUGCCCCCCUCUCUCCACCCGCAUGUGUUACAUCAGUUUCGAAACAACACAGGCAGAUACUGCGCGAACAAGUACCUAAUCUAUGCUGUCCAGAAUGAUGAUUACUAAGGAAGAACCAUCUCGCAGCGGUGAACAGACGUUAAACUUGACAUCAGCAAUAAAUGAAUUGCACAAACUCAACUCUCGGGACCUUUAUAGAUUAUUAAAGGAUGCUGGAAAUUUUUCCGUUGACUACCUUACUGGAAAAAGAGUUCUGCUGAAGAUUGAUAUGGACAAGCUUUCAAAAUCUCUUCCAUUGCAUCUCACUAGAAUACUAAUUUUUUCAAGAAGAGACGAAGCUGUGUUCAAACACGUGUUACGUGGUGUUCGUCUGCUGCAUUCGUUAUGUGAUUUAGCCCCUCGGAUUCCUAAAUUUGACCAGAUUUUUCUAGAUGAUUUCAAAGUGGUGGAACAGAUGAUUGAUUUAGUUUUCUACAUGCUUACUAUUCUUAGUACCUACAGACAGGAAGAUCGUGCUUUUAGAUUUAUGCACCUUUUGCAUUCUGCUCUCGUAGCAUGCAGCUUACAUCUAUUAACAGGGUUUAUAUCGAGACAGUUCCAAGAUAUUGCCAAUGUUUUGCUUGCACACCCGCAGGUUGAAGUAUUUAUGGAUGCAGCUUUUGGGUCAGUUCGCGUGGUUGUUAGGUGUCUUGAGAUUACAUUGAUAGCUUGCUACAAAGAUAUUUCCAUGGAAUCAAAUCCUCCGUCUGAACAAGUAGUUUAUUUUCUCUGCCAGCAAUGUGAGGCUUCUCUACAGUUUAUCCACGCAUUGUGCCAGCAGAAAUUGUUUAAGGAGCGCCUACUCAAUAAUAAGGAACUAUGUGGAAAGGGAAGCAUUCUUUUCCUUGCUCAAUCUAUCUUGAAGUUAAACAUUGAAUCAUCUUUUCCAACUAGGAUCGUCGCUGGAAUUUCAAGGCUGAAAGCCAAAAUACUAUCCAUUCUGCUGAGUUUGUGUGAAGCAGAAAACAUUUCGUUUGUCGAUCAAGUGGCCACAUCACCACAAAGUUUAGAUUUAGCUAAAUCUGUUGCAGUGGAGGUUUUGGACUUGUUGAAGUCUACUUUUGGAAGAAACCCUGGGUAUCCGACUACUACUGAUAGAAGAUACCCAAUUGGGCUUUUACAGAUUAAUGCAAUGCGUGUAGCAGACAUUUUCUCUGAUGAUACAUGCUUUCGAUCUUACAUCACAACUUAUUUUACUAAAGUUCUGACAGCAAUAAUAUCAGUCUCCCAUGCGGAUUUUUUAUCCUCUUGGUGUUCCUCUAAUCUCUCAGAAACAGAGGAGGAUGCAAGUGUUGAAUAUGAUUUAUUUGCUUCAGUUGGAUGGAUUUUGGAUAAUAGUUCAUCAAUGGAUCUACAGAAUCCAACAGUCUUGGAAUUGCAUAUGAUACGUAACAUCAUGCCUUCUGCUUCUUAUGCACAUAAUAGGACAUCAUUAUUAGUAAAGAUCAUUGCAAAUCUUCAUUGUCAUGUUCCCGGCCGUUGUGAAGAAAGUGAGAGGAACUUUUUCUUUCGAACGUUCCUGGAAUGCCUGCAAAUGGAUCUAUCUAAAUUGCUGCCUGGGUUUUCUUUCGCAUCUGAUGCUCCUAAAGCUGCUACUGUUAGCAAGAACCUACGCUCUUUGUUAAGUCAUGCAGAAUCUUUGAUGCCGAACUUUUUAGAUGAGGAGGAUGUCCAAAUUCUAAGGGUGUUUUUUCGCGAAAUACAAACACUAUUUACUUCUUCUGGCUCUGGGGGAAAUCGUGUUCAAGAGGCUCAGAGUAUAGGGAUCUUCUCAUCACCUUUACAAGUAAACGAACCUGCUGAACUUGAUAAGGUUGGUAACUUGAAGGAAGGAAUGUCCGAUAAUUCUGCAUUUCCAAGCAUAGGUCAGCAUAAUACUAGAGUUGAAAACACAAAUCUUGGCGACGACUUAAAUAGGCAACAUCAGGUAGGAGGUAAAGGUAUGGCUAGUAACACUGUGUUAAGAGGAGUAAGAGAUACAGACAAGGAUGCUCAGAACGCUGAAACAAGUGGUUCAGAUACUAGUUCUGCAAAAGGAAAGAAUGUCCUUAAUCAUGCGGAUAACGGAGAAUCAGAAUCAAUGAAGCGUCUUGGAAAGAUUGUAGUUGAUGAAAUUCCAGAGGAUGAAAAGGUUGAAUCUCUACAAAAGAGAAAACGAAAAAGAACUAUGGUAAAUGAUAAACUGGUGGAAUUGAUGGAGAACGCACUCGUGGAUGAGCCAGAUAUGCAGCGAAAUGAGCCAGAGGAUGAAAAGGUUGGACCUCUACAAAAGAAAAAAAGAAAAACUAUAAUGAAUGAUAAAAUGGUGGAAUUGAUGGAGAGGGCACUCUUGGAUGAGCCAGAGAUGCAGCGAAAUGCAGCUUCACUUCAAUCAUGGGCUGAAAAAUUAAGUCACCAUGGUUCUGAAGUUACACCCUCUCAGCUUAAAAAUUGGUUAAACAAUCGAAAAGCUAAGCUAGCCCGCACAUCCAAGGAUAGUUCAACGCCAGAUAAGCAAAAAGGGCCAGUAAGAGUGUCCUCCGACUCACCUAACAAUCUUGGUCCCCUAGAAGUCGUUCGUUGCAAUGUUGGUCAAAGUGCUGUGGUUGUAAAUGUGCGUGGCGAGGAGAUUGGUAAAGGAAAGGUAGUUCAGGUGAAUGGCAAGUGGUAUGGGAAGAGCUUGGAGGAAUUAGGGGUCUAUGUUAUGGAUGUUUAUGAGCUAUAUGCUGACAAAGGGAUGAAGCUACCUUUCCCGUCUGAAAUUUAUGGUACUUCAUUUGCAGAGGCUGAAAGAAAGUUAGGUGCCAUGAGAGUGUUGUGGGAUUCGCGUCGAAUUCUUGUACUGCAGUCUUGCUGAGCUCAAAUGCUCAAUGAUGGCUGCCUGUUAGCUUCAACUAGCAUCAAGGUGUUACAAAAUCAGCAGUUACCCCAUACAAACAACUUUUCUGAAAUGCAAAAGAUUAUUGACUUAAAAACAAAAUAUGAAAAAUAUAAACUGUAUGAACUAUGAAAUUUUUUAAUUUUGAAAAAAUUCAAAAAUUGGUUGAAUUAAUUGAAAAUUAGUUUGAUAA